GUGAAGAAGAUGGACAGCGGUAAGCACUAAUCAUAGUGCAGAAGUCAUACCUGGAUCAGCCUUGGUCUUCCUUCUCACAAAGUGCAUCAGUUCAAGUUUAUUAGCUUGACGAUGGUAAUACUUUGUUGGAGUUCCUUCCAUCAUUGUUUCUGCCCAUCAUUCUUCCUUGCAGCCAUGAGCUCACAGGAUGCCCAGCUCUCCUACCACUACAAGUCUUUUUGUGGGGACUAUGAAAGGGUGGAAACAGCGCUCGAAAGGUUGGAGGCUAGUGGCUACUACUGGAGCACUCUUUCUGGUACUGAUGCCAAAAAACUUCUAUCCAACCAGCCUGUUGGGUCCUUUCUCAUUCGUGACUCUUCAGACCAUCAUCACCUGUUUACUCUGAGUCUUCGUACAUCUGCUGGAAUUACCAACCUGCGCAUUAAACUUGAGGGCACCUCUUUCUACCUAGAGACGGUGGCAGGAACAGAGAGCCCCCCAACCUUUCCAUGCGUGGUUAAGCUGGUUGAGCAUUACAUGAGAUUGACAGCAGCAGGGGAGACUGACUCUACUUUGUGCUACAUUGAAGGGAAGGAACAGCCUGUCCCUCUAAUGCUUAGGCAACCACUAAAUUGUAAAGUUGUGUCUCUACAAUAUUUAUGUAAACAGACAGUGGUGGCCAACAUGCCUGCAGGAGCAUCUGGCUCAGAUGGGAAUUUGGAGGAACUUCCUGUGUCUAAGAUGCUUCGGAAUGCCUUUCAAAACUAGAUGUUUAUUUAGGCUGGGACACUUUUAA